AUGACAGAUUCUACUCAUAAUGAUGAUGCAAAUAUUAUAGUUGAAUUAGAUACAUUAUUAGAUGAAGUUCAACUAUGCAUAGAAAAAUGUCGACAAUAUAAUAAAAUAACCGGAAUGGGUAAACUUGAAAGAAAAUUUCGUGCAGAAGAUAGAUUUCUUAAACGUCUUCGCACUGGUACAUGUAAUGUCAAUCCUAAUCAUUUAAAAAGUUCUAAUUUAACUCAUCUACGUGCUGUUCUUGAACAAGUUGAGGAUGUUGGUCCAGAAAAUGUUAAUGGAGUCUUAGUACCAUUUAAAGAUGAUCGUCACCAAUUACUUAUAUCUGAAUUAGUAUAUAAUGAAGGUCGAACAUGGAUGAAAAUAAUUGCUAGAAAUGCACAAGCACUACAUCUUAUAUGGAAAGGUAAUGGUCAUUAUGGACAACGAAGUAUACUUAUAUCAAUGAGACAAUAUCUUGAGACAGCUCGUAAUAAUGAAAUACAUUAUCAAGUACCAGAUAUUGUGUUUUAUUUUGUACAAGGUGUUACAGAACCUUUAGCGAAUUUAUUACGAAAAAAUGGUAUUCAAGUUAAGGGUACAAUUGUUGAAGUUGAUGAAGAAGUUGAAAAACGUUUACAAAUUCUUGAUGAUUUUAGUUCGAGUGAUAGUGAAGAAGAAAAUGAAAGUGAAGUUGAAGAUGAUAAUAAUGAUGAUUAUAUUAAUAAUACAGAAUUAUUAGCAACGAAUGAAACAAAUAAAAUAAAUCUUGAUGUUAGUACAUUAAUAUGUCUUGUUUCGGAAUUAACACAUGGUGGUCAUAUAUAUCGUUAUCCAAAUAAAUGGCUGGAGGUACCAGCAGAAUUAGAACGUGCAGAACGUCUUGCUCCAAAACUUGAAAAUUAUAUGAAAGGAAAAGAAUUAUUUGUAUGUCAAACGGCAUUUGAAGAAUUUAAUUCAAUUGUUAAUAUAGUUGGUGGGCCUAAUGAAAGACAACGAGCCGAAGAACUUUUUAAACGAGUUACUAUUGUCCCUGAUUGUUUAUCCGAACGAUCGAAUAUAUUACAAGAGAGUGUUAAAAUAAAGCCAAGAACAAAAACAAUAUUCGGUACUGGUGAUUAUUUACGAGCAGUAACAAUGACAGCUAAUAGAGGUUUUGUACGAGCAGCAGCACAACAAGGAGUUCCUUUUGCUGUAUAUUUACAUGAAUCACGUGCAUUAACUGAGCAACAACAACAACUAUAUUCAUUACCUAAACUUACACAUUCAGAAGAACAUAUUUAA